AGGGAUUUAACGAGAGUAAUCUCCCUCGACCUUUUGUUGUCUUUCUCCUUUGGGGGAAGGGUUGAAAAUUUUUGUGAGAAUUGUUGAACCAGUGUCCAAAGUUUGAAAGUGUUUAGUUACAAAAAGUUAAUUUCUCGAUGUGCUGUUCAAAGGGAAAAGAUCCCGUAUUAAUUCCAUUAUGCAGAAUCGAAAAGAUUUUGUAAAAAUAGAAAAUUAUGAGGGGUUUUAGCACGUGCUUACAUCAUAACUUCGCCGGUCGCUUUUAUUUUUCUAAACGCGGUCGCCUGAUUGAAAUGGUAUUUGUUUGCAACAAGCAUGGAUCAUCUGUAGGAAUGCAUAUAAGAUAUAGGUAUAUAUCUGUAUAUUUCUGUGUUUGAGCCCAUCGUUUUUUUUCUUGUUUUCUUUUUUUCCCUUAAAAAUUCAUAACAAAACACAUUACAAACCUUUUAAGGACAAAAAUAUUUAAUGAAAGAAGUCAACAUAUUGUCUUUUACAUGUCGCGAUACAUUGCAACAUUUUUUGGAAUAAAUUGCAAUUUCGAUGUCUGCGAAGGCAUAUAAACUCACAGAGGUAGGACCCUACCAUGGUACGAUGUGUGCCGCGACGACGCUUAUUGGAUAAUUUAAGGCAGUCUGGUUUGGGGGUUCCAUCUUUAGCGAAGAUUAACUCAGAUUUAUAGUUCGUUGCUUUGUCGAAAGUUAUAAUCUGGCGUUUCAGGCAUGUGCGGAUCAAAUAAUAGCAAACAUCCCAUAAGAACUGUACAGAGACUUCAAAAAAAGAUACUCUAAAAAAAUCAUUGAACUAAAGGACCUACCAAAAGUGUUCGAUCCACCGGAAGAACCGCCUUUGGAAGAGGUGAGGGAAUCCCACCUGCACGAGUACUGAGGAUAAUUGCCUUAGAUUAAAAAGAUCCUGGAACCAGGGGUGAAGACAGAAUUGGAUGCUUCAGACUAACGAAAUUUCUCCACUUUUGUUGCUCAGAUUAAAAUAAUGAAUUAAUGAACAUGUGUUAAACCCGACUACGGAGAGUAUAAAUAAACUUUGUACUCUCCACAAAGUGGUAAGCAAUCGCUCAGACAAAAUUCCCGGCUAUGAGUAUUAUCUGCAAAAACGAGCAAGGUUGGGUGGUUUGUCAUUCUAAAGCUGUCCAGGAUGUAUAUAAACAUUGUCGACAAGAACCACCCGGUUCUAGUACCCGGUCGUACAGAUGGAAAACAGAUAUGUUUAAGAUUCAUUCACCGUUUCUUAUGGAUACACAAUUCCUCAAAUUACGUUCCGAUCCGAAGGAACAUCAACCACCGAUUAAGAAGAGAAAACGCAGAGUUUCUGACUUGAAUGUAGGAGAAAUUCAGGCGAAAGAAUAUCACGAGAAAGUGAAAACGAUCAUCACAGUUGCUCAUCAGACCCUGGUGGAACUAGCCAAGAAACAAGGUUACUUUGUGGAUUUGAACUCCCCCCCUGUGGAUAACAACAUUGCAGCACGACAAGCUUCCAGGCUGGAAGGUCCUGCUGAUACAUUGAUACAAAGCUGUGAAGAUAAAGAUAUCAGGUCGCAGUUAGCUUUGGAUGAAUUAUACGAAAUAUCACACACCAAUGAACUUUGUGUGGCACAUGAAAAUCCAUCAUUUCUCAAAGUCCAAUAUAAUGGAGAAAUUCCUCAGAUUGUGACAAUUGCUAACCAUAAAUAUCUGCUUCCAUCCAAGAGCACAUUCCUGCUGUCCAAUUUGGACACUUUUAAAGAAAUAUACCCACUUGCAGGUGGUCCAUUUCAUGUGAUUCUGAUUGAUCCUCCAUGGCAAAACAAAUCAGUGAAGAGACUGAAAUCAUAUUGGUGUGAAUCAGAUACAAACCUGGAGAACCUUGCUGUCCCACAGUUAGCCGCACCAGACUGUUUGGUUGUUGUGUGGGUCACCAAUCGACGCAAACAUCAAGAAUUUGUCCAGGAAACUCUCUUCAAGAAGUGGAAUGUCCAAGACUGGGUGACCUGGUUCUGGUUAAAGCUAACCAGAAGUGGAGAACCUGUCAACGAUAUGGAUUCCUCACACAAGAAACCUUACGAAGUUUUAAUUCUUGGGCGGCACAAAAAGGGUAACCCUGCUGGACUAAAUGAUGAUCCUUGUUCACCCGACAGUCCCAAGUCCCUUCCUGAGUCUCGUGUCGUCCUCACAAUUCCUUGUAGCCUCCAUUCUAAGAAACCACCAUUAACAGAUAUUUUGGCUGAAUUUCUCCCAGACAAUCCAAAAUGUUUAGAAUUAUUUGCAAGGAACCUCUGGCCUGAAUGGACAAGCUGGGGAAACGAGGUUUUUAAACACCAACAUUUGGAUUACUUUGAAGAUGUAGAAGACCUGGAAAGCACUGGAUCUGACAAGGAUCAAAGAGAUGAAGGAUGAACAAAACUAAAGAAAUGCUGGGUCUAGCAGGGACCUGGAAGUUUUAAGGGUGGAAGAAUACCAGAGAAGUGUUGAGUUUGCACCUCCCUCCACCACACACACAGAUAGGGGUUGUAGAAGCCUUACAUAAAUUGAAUUUGGCAGAAGUGUAGAAGACCAAAGAAUUUUCAGGAAUUAAGAACUACGAAAGUUGAAGAACUUUAGAAAAGGUUUAAAUUUGGCAGUCUUUGAAGUAGUUCGCAUUAGGAAUGGCAUUCAGCUGUGGAAAGUGGACAUUGAAACUUGAUGCUGAUGUCUGACCUGCUGGAUACUGUUAAACUAUCCAACCCAUGCCAGCAUAGAAAAUGGACAUUGAAACACAGUGUGUGUGUGUGUGUGUUGUACAUAUUAUACUCUCAACCAAGUUUAUCAGAGUUUUGAAAAAAUAAAACUGUGAAAGACACAGAUUUAACAUUAAACUAAA